AGCUUCAGUGGCGAAAAUCGUCGAGUCCUUCACACAAUUCUGACAUCUUGAAAAUGACGGUGAAAUAUUUGAGCAAGAGAAGUGAUGCUGCUGCCCUCUUCAAGGAGACCUGCGCUCAUGAGAUCGGCCAUUCUUUUCUCAGAGAUGCCCACGGCAUUGAAUACAGUUGGGGUCAUAAAGGUACCUCAAGAAUUUCUGGAGGAUUAAAACCAUCUACGCCAGCCUACCCCAGCAGCGGAGAAAUAGACCUGAUGAAGUACUACAGGGGCAGUACCAGUAAUUUCUUUAAAAGAGUGGUCGCCGCCGAAAGUGAUGUGCAGGAUUUAGUGUUCAAAGUUAGAGACAGUUACACGACCAAUACUGACAUAUGCUGAUUGCCAGGCUUUCCCUUUACUUUUUGAGAAAACCCGAAAAAA